AUGCUCGACUCUACAUUCGACGGACGCUUCUAUACAUGGGAAAAGUAUCCCGAUUGGAAGGGCAAGUUCGGUUUCACAAUGGCGAAGUGCCCGGAGACCGAGGAAACUCGACUGCAUGUCGAUAGUGGCGGGAAGAAUGCUCCACGGCGUGCCGUGGUACGCUACCGCAUUUCUCCAUCGGUUGAGGGCAACUUGAUACAGUUGCGGCGCAAGCUGUCGACGGAUCCUUUCUUUUUCACCAGCUUCGUAUACUACGAUCAAAAGGGCAGGACGUGCGAGAUCUCCCGCACUGAACUCGUAACAGCGUUUUACGCUCUGGUCGACCAGUGGCAGACGCUCUUCGAUCUCGCAUGCGCUGUGCAUGCCGUUUGGAACGAUACACCAUGGCUGGAUGAGAAGGGUGCUCCACUCUUGCCCAACUCGGAGGAGACCAUUCAGCUCGACAACGAGCUGCUACCUCAAGUGCAGCUCGUCGCAAGGCACUGGGCACGGCUCUCAGUGCGCCUGUAUAGGGAGGCUGAGUACUUUUCUCAGUACUUGCAAUACUUCCUACGCCUAGAGCGCAAGGGCAAGAUGCCUGCGGCGUUCUCACGGUACCCAGGAGUCAUCUCUAAACCUCUCGAUGACAAGUUCCAGCGCAAGAGGAAAAUCAAGGUGAAGCACGGCCAGAUCGACGACUGGGCUUUCCGCAUGGCCCGUGUCGUCAAUGACGGAUUGCAGGACCAUUGGCCCCGCGUGCAGUCCGUACGGGAUAACACAAGCUGGCUCACAAACACCCUGCUCCGUAUUCUCGAGGUCAAAGGAUAUGAUGCCGAAGAGGAGGUCAAGAAGUAUUAUCCUCCGUUGAAUAAGGAUAGACACGUUCGCCUCAAGAAGAAGGAUUUGGUGGCUGUACGAGAAUCUUGUUCCGGACUACCACUGGUCAUCGGGAUGGGCUCAUCACGACCCGGCACACUGCCGCCAAUGGAACGACCCUAUACCCAGCUCCCUACCCAAGCCCGUAGUGCGCUCCGCUGA